UAAACAACAAUACACGUUUAAUACUUGUCACAUACAAUGUCGCCAGUCAGCUCCGAUAGCAUAGUUCCGCUAUUGCCGGAGCACGAUUCUCCGGCUACGUCCGCAACCGAUAAGCAGCCAUCGGUCUCCGGAGCUGUGUUCAAUGUUUCUACAAGCAUAAUAGGGGCAGGAAUCAUGUCGAUUCCUGCCACUCUCAAAGUGUUAGGUGUUGUUCCAGCUUUCGUUUUGAUCGUGCUCAUCGCGUUGCUGGUUGAUGUAUCCGUCGAGUUUUUGCUGAGGUUUACCUACGCUGGAGGGUCCACGACGUACGCAGGCGUCAUGAAGGAAUCGUUUGGACGGAUAGGAUCUGUUGCUGUUCAAGUUUCUGUUAUGAUCACUAAUCUUGGUUGUUUGAUCAUUUAUCUCAUUAUUAUUGGUGACGUGUUGUCUGGGGACCAAUCUGUAGAAGGAUCGGUUCAUCUGGGGGUAUUGCAAGAAUGGUUUGGUAUUCACUGGUGGAAUACACGCGCAGUCGCAAUCCUGUUUAUCGUCGUUUUUGUCAUGCUUCCAUUGGUCUUAUAUCGCCGUGUUGAACUUCUAGCAAAGAGCUCAGCAGUGGCGGUUCUGCUGGCUGUGGUGUUUGUGGGAAUAUGUACGGCCAUGGCGGUCGCUGCUGCGGUCAAAGGUCAGUCAAAGAGUAUCAGAAUGUUACCUCAGCUGGAUGAUCAAGCUGCCUUCUUCAACCUCUUUACUGCCAUCCCUGUUAUUGUCACUGCUUUUACUUUCCAUUUCAAUGUACAUGCUAUUGGUAUGGAGCUAGGAAAACCUGCAGCAAUGGCUUCUGCAGUUAGAAUCUCUCUAAUACUUUGUGCUCUUAUAUACUUCUCUAUCGGCCUAUUCGGGUACAUUUUAUUCGGGGACUCAAUUGAAGCCGACAUUCUAGUAAACUUCGAUGAAGCGACCGGAUCAACGAUUGGAUCAUUGUUAAAUGACACAGUGCGAUUAAGCUACGCGUUACACUUGAUGCUAGUGUUCCCUUUGCUAAACUUCUCAUUGAGGUCAAACAUUGAUGAACUCCUUUUCCCCAACAAGUCUCUCCUUGUUAAAGACACAAAAAGAUUUCUUUGCCUCACAUUUGUCCUGUUAGCAACAGCUUACCUCAUUGCCAUAGCCAUUCCAAAUAUAUGGUAUUUCUUUCAGUUCAUGGGAUCAACAUCAGCUGUUUGCAUCGCCUUCAUUUUCCCUGGCGCGCUUGCUCUAAGAGAUGUUCAUGGUAUAUCUUCAAGAAAGGACAAGAUAAUUGGAGCAACGAUGAUAAUUCUGGCUGUAAUUACAAGCACUAUUGCAAUCUCCUCCAACCUCUACAGUUUAGGGAUUUAGUUAUGACUCUUUUGUUAGAAUUUAUUGUAUAAUAGCUCUUGCUAGUUUGCUUUUCAUUUUUUUUUUCUGGUAGAGAAGUUGGUAUUUUUAUGUGAUGUAUCACAAGUUAUAAAUUAUUUAUGAGAAAAAGUUAAAAGAUUAGUGUGAUAUAAUUAUAGUGUACUUUCACUUUU